GACCUGCAGCAACCAUGGAGAUCUCGGCCACCACUCAGAUGGAUUUUGGUGGGCCCCUCAGCAUUCUCCUAGCCAUGGCCGUGUCAUGCCUCCUCUUCCUCCACUUCUCAGCCAAAAGGAAGUUCACCAGCCUCCCACCAGGGCCCGCCCCUCUCCCGCUCAUCGGCAACAUGCAUCAAGUGGACGUGAAGGAGCUGAUCCAGUCCCUGAGAGAACUCAGCAAGACCUACGGCCCCAUGUACACCUUCUACCUGGGCUCUCGCCCCUGCGUGGUCCUUUCUGGAUACCAAGUGCUAAAGGAGGCCUUGAUCGACAAAGCAGAAGACUUCAGUGGCCGAGGCGACUUCCCCGCUGUCCAGAUGUGGAGCAAAGGCAAUGGGAUCGUGUAUGGGACAGGAGAGCGCUGGAGGCAGCUGCGCAGGUUCGCCAUCUCCACCUUCAAGAACUUUGGGAUGGGAAGACGGUCCAUGGAGCAGCGGAUCAAAGAGGAAGCCCAGUGCCUGGUGGCCGAAUUCCACAAAACCCAAGGCAAACCCUUUGACCCCACCUUCUUCCUGAGUUGUGCUGGUUCCAACAUUAUCUGCACUCUUGUCUUUGGAGAACGUUUUGAAUACACCGAUCAGAAAUUCCUCAUGUUGCUUGACUUGAUCAACAGCAACUGGAAGCUCAUGAGCUCCACCUGGGGACAGCUCCUCUUCGUCUUCCCAAAUUUCAUGAGAUGGCUCCCGGGGCCACACCAGAAAAUCUACACAAAUUAUCUGAAGCUGGCAAAGUUUGUGGGCGAGCGGCUGGAGAUGAACAGGCAGACCCUGGACCCCAACUCCCCGCGGGACUUUAUUGACUGCUUCCUCAUCAAGAUGCAGCAGGAAAAGAACAAUCCCAACUCCCACUUCAACGAGGAAACGCUGUUGAAGACCACCGUGAACCUCUUCUUUGCUGGCACUGAGACGGUCAGCUCCACCCUGCGCUACGGGCUGCGCAUCCUCCUGAGGCACCCUGAGGUGGAAGAGAAGCUGCAUGAAGAGAUCGACCGCGUCAUUGGGGCGAACCGCAGCCCUUGCAUGGAGGACCGGAGCCAGAUGCCCUACACGGAGGCGGUCAUCCAUGAGAUCCAGCGCUACGCUGACAUUGUCCCCAUGGGAGUGCCCCACACGGUCACGAGGGACAUCCAGUUCCGUGGCUACAGCCUCCCCAAGGAUCUCAACAUCAUUCCCUUGCUCUGCACAUCCCAGUUUGAUCCCAUGCAGUUCAAGAACCCCAACGCCUUCGACCCGACCCAUUUCCUGGAUGAGAGCAGGCGGUUCAAGAAGAAGGACGCCUUCAUGGCUUUCUCAGCAGGCAAGCGGGUAUGCCUGGGCGAAGGCCUGGCCAACAUGGAGCUCUUCAUCUUCCUCACCACCAUUCUGCAGAACUUCCAGCUGAAAGCCCUGAUGUGCCCUGCAGACAUCGACAUCACCCCAGAGUCCACGGGCUUGGGCAGCAUCCCCCGUGCUUAUCAGUUCUGCCUCCUCCCCCGGUGAAGGCGGUGGGUCACCCUGGGGGCUGCAAUCAGGCAGAGCUGCCUGGGUUGCUCUGCCUCCCGGCCCAGAAGCCCAUUGGGGUUCCCUGCCCCCUCCUGCCCCUCCCCGAGUUGUGGCUGCCAGCCCCCUCCCUUCCGUGGCGCUGUUCUGGGCUUCUUUCCUCUCGCCCCAGCACUCCCAGCCUUCCCAGUCAAGCGUGUCCCCUGCACCAGUCCACCUCCUGCCUCUCUGUGGGGCCUCCAGAAAUACUUGCCCCGGUGCCCUGCAGAGCACAGACAGCUGGUGCCAGGCUUGGCUCCCCUGGGCAAUCCUUGAGGCUCUUGGCUGCACUCUCAAGAGCUUCAGCAACAGCCCAGGGAGGCUGCAUUCGGCACCCCAGUGGGCACUGCCUGGUCCUGGGGCAGAGCACAGAUUUCAGUGCAUGAUCCAUCUGCCCUGGAAAUGCCAAGGACAGAGCUGGGCCGCUGUGAAGGGGAUCUUUGCAAGAACAACCAAGGCUGAAAAUGUUCUUCGUUCGGAAGUGCCUGCUCUGGUUUCUCUACCCAAAGCUCACUCGCUUCGUGCCAAGCUUCCAAGGGGAGGGAAAGCUUGCUGAGGGGGCACCGUGGGUGGCGAUGCUGAGCAAACAGGCUGGCCGUCCAACCAGCAGAGUGAGAAGCUGCUUAAGGGACCUUUCCAACAGGGUGGAAAUUUGGUGCUGGGGUCAAGCAUCAGCUCUUGGUGCCCCACAGGAAGGAAAGCCCCAUCUUGGCAAUCUGCAGAGCACGCUGCCCAGCUGGCCAGGUGUGAACAUGCAGCUGGUGAAGCCAGUUCAGGGCAGUUCCUCCUCCUCACAGCAACCAAAGUAAAGCUGAUGGUUUUCAAAGGGAUCCCCUCUGCCCCCCUCCCCCGGUCUAACUAGAUGGAUUCUCACGACCCUGCUGCUCCAGGGUGUGCCAGCCUUGGCUGCCCUAGCCCAGUAUCUUACUGGCUGGAAGUCAUGGGAGCCUUGGAGAAAACGAGGUCUGGACACAUCGUGACUGCGCAGUCCAUGUGCAGGUCCUGCCCAGAUUCCCACCCUCCAGUGCUGAACAUAGAAGAGUGCGUCCUCAGGCUGGCUUGCAGGUUUAGCAUUUUAUUUAGAACACUUCUGUCCCACUUUCCAACCCCCAAGGACUCUCAAAAGAGCUUACAAACAAUUCCAAAGGAUAAAAACCCACUCAAAUUUAUUAGCAGAGCAGAAGAAAGUCUAGAAAAGUAGGAUUAUUCCAGGGCACCUCCACUGCCCUCAGCCCAGUUCUCCAGAGCACGCCUCUUGCCCCCAAAACAACUCAAGGAGGGGAGCCAAGGGGAGGGGUCCCACUUCCUGUACAAGGGAAGCAUCUUCCAGAGUUGUUGUUUUUUUAAACUGUCAGUGUUUCUUAACACAACAAUGUGGUAAUGUCCCAUUAUGGACUUGGAACCAACCUUUGACCACAUUUGGUACAGUGCAGCUCAAUGUUUGCAUAGCAAUGUUAUUUAUUUCUUUUUGUCCUUCUGCAAAAUUAUCACAUUUCAGCCUUACCACAUUUCAGCUUGAGAAAUUCCAUAAGAUAAUAUCCAUGAACAGCUCUCAAGUUCCAUAUUAGCUGGGGUGGAGGUAGGGGGAAGGAUUAACAGAACUCAGCAAAAGCAUUCCCAGCAUUGUAUUCCAUGACUCAGAGUAGUGUUUACUUGGUGUGUUCUUUUUUUCUAUUUGCAUUUGGUACCACUUGAAGUCAUUCCAGGCAGAAAACAAGUCACAGCCACAGCAUAUCCAGAUUAAAGUUCAAAGGAAUAAAUACCUGUUUUGAAGGUGCCGUUCCCCUACUUUGCAGCCAUGAAAAAAACUCAGAUCAUGAAACCCGAUGCCUAUAAUCCGAUUAAGGGCAGGAGAACCCGCAGUUUCUUUUGAGGGAUGGCACUCUGGUGAGAGCCUUCCAAGGCGGGGGCGUGGCAGGGGGAUGGGCAACCGCGGGUGGAAUGCGUGGCUCCCUACAGAGACGCGGCGCCGCUGCUCCCCUUCCUCAAUGAUGCUGCCGAACUGAAGGGGGCUGCCGGGAAAACCAAGAGUCGUUUUCUGCGCGGAAGGACGGUGAGCUUGGAACCCGUCUGGGGCUCAACACGCGUCUACCUUUCUCCGCCCAGUCGCCGGAUCACACGUUCUAGUAAAAAAAUAAAGCGGUUCCCACCAACCUGAAACCCG